AUGGACAGAUGUCAAGUUUAUGAAAAUUUCCUUUACGUUGCAGCUCUAGCCGCUGCUUGUUGUGUUUUAGUUCCUGUGAAACUCAACGAAUCUGACACAAACGGCAAUUGUUUGCUUUUCGCGGAGCUCAAUGUCCUCACGAACACAGUCGCCACGGGCAACAACAUUUUCUGUUCUUUGGCGUUUUACGCGUAUCUCGUGAAUGCUGCGUUAGCUGCUGUUUUGGGGUUUCUUAAGUCUUGCUGUAUUGUGACCACGGAACGUUUAAGGUAAAAGAAAGUGUUAAUUAUUUGACGAGUAUUGCAUACAAAUAAUUGUUUUUGUCAUAAAACAAUUGAUGACAACAUUUGAUCUCCGAACUCUUUAAUAACACAUGCACCUAUACAUACAUAGUAUACGAAUUUAAUUCCUUCAUUUUGAUUUACAAAUACCUCAGCAAUUCUUAAGACUCUCUCAUAACUCUUUUUAUACGUUGGACGUGGUUUUUGUUGUUUUCUUUCUUGUCGCAUGAUGACUACUAGUACUUAUUCUUUUGUUGUAUUUGUUUUUGACAGGUGAGUACGUGGGAGGGAGGUAAUUGCGAUUAAAAUCUACCCAUUCAAUGACUAAUAAAAGAAUAACAACAAGAAGCAGGAGCUAAAAUUAGUCAUUUUCUCAUUUGACUCUCCCCAACCCACGGGACCGCGAAACAAUUCCCUACCCCUGGGCCUGAAGGGCUGGGUUUGCCCUAGGGGAUACCUCAGGAGGGGCACAAAAAAAAUACACUUCAUUUCUAAUUCUACUCAACCUAAACGUAAAGUAAAAUACAUUCACUCUGACAGCAGUUCCGCACAUCAGCUGAAAUUAAGUAUUUUUUUUGUUAUAGUGCUGUAUAUUUCUUAUUUGCAAGCAGUAUUGUGUCAGCUUUAGUAUGGAUCAGCUGUUUGGUGUGCACUAUUUUCAUUGUAAUUGGCCUAACAGAGUGGUGCAACUCAGUGGAGAAGAAUGGAAAUGUGGAAAGGUAUGUAUACGGAAUCACAGAUUGUAAGUGGCUCCAACAAAAAUUUAGUAUGGAUCAGCUGUUUGGCAACCAUUUUUGUGCACAAGAUAGUUUUUUCAUUGUAAUUGGCCUAACAGAGUGGUAGCGUCCACUAAACAGAUCUUCAUUUAAAAAACUCAGUGGAAAACAAUGGAAAUGUGGAAAGGUAUGUAUAAGGAAUCACAGAUUGUAAGGGGCUCCAACAAAAAUGCAUAUGAUAACUUUCCAAAGCAACCUCCACCCCCGGUCUUUCAUUCAGAACCUAAUCUGCAUCAUAGUCUGAAGCAUAGUCUGUCACUGCGCCACUUUCUUUGUCAGUUUUAACACAAUUCCAUCUCAAGAGACAGAAUUGAGGUGUGGAAUCCACAAAAGUUGCAGCUCACAAGAGUAACCAAAGCCGAGAGCUGGGAGAUUGGAGAAAGUUCCCUGUCGUUGUCCUCACAUUCCAACUCCCUUGCUAAAUCAGUUUAUUCAUAGAGCUUACAGCCAUUCAACAGAUGCUGUCUCUCAAGACUGUUUAGUUGUUAAAAAUACGUACAUAUUCUCGUUGUUGUUGUUUUUUUCAUUAAAAUAAUAAUUACUAUUUCAGCUGUAAAGAUGCUGAAAACUGGGACUGGACCCUUUUUUUACCAACUGGCAUUGAUGGUAGCAAGUUUUACACUCAUCUUUUUAUGGCAGAGGUAUCUAAUUUAUAAAAUGUUGAAAUUAAAACAGAUUUAUUGUACUUUUAAAAGCUUUGUAGUUUCCACUUAACACAAAUACAAUAUACUAUAACCCUCUCCUAGAGCCCUUCUGAGUUGCCAAAUGGCAAUAUAUAGGGCAGAUGGCAGCAUUAUUUCCUGGAUAUCCAACCUAAGCAUGACAGAUUUUUGAGGUGAUUAUACAUUGGAGUGUUCAAAAGGUUACCUGUAUUUCUUAAACGUCAUUGCUUUUUUCUAACCCUGGAAUGAAAGUGACUCCCUAUUCAAGAGAGAACCAAUAUAUUAUGCAGACUCAAAGAUUUCAACAUGCUCUGUAAAUGCUUUAAUAACAGUUCAUAAAUAUUGUGAAAGUGAGCUUUUUACUGGGGUUUAUAACCUGAGAUUAAUAAGCCAACAUGAGUGAAAGGAACUCUACCCAAUGAAAAAAACCUAACUGAAACAAGCCUUAACUCAAUGUAGAUUAAAAACCAUGCUUGACACCCUGCCAGGGGGUCCUAUGUCGCCUGUCUGAAUUUUAAAAUGUCUUGUGUUGGAAUUUAUAAAUGCUUGUUGCUGAUUGUCGGCUUUGCCGUCACUGUCGCAAUUUGACCGAGGGAGGUUGUCUCUUGUCACGAUUUCAUUUUACACGCUGUCGCUACUUUUUGGGCCAUGUCGCUUGUUGGCAUUUACCCUGGCAGGGCCUCAUGCUUUAUACUGCAACACUAGCUUACAUGGAAGUCCCCCUAAUACCUCCCAGUGAAUAACAUUCUCUCCGAAUGAUUCUCAGAUUGCAUCAAUUGCUAGUGUACUGAUUUGGUUUAUCAUCCUUAUCCUGUCUGGGAGGAAUUUCAAGCAGAGCUUGCUGAAUGUAAGGGCAGCUGAAUACUAUCGGAAUGAGGAGCAAAUGAGUUACAUGUAUCCACCACCUAUCCAAGACAUACCCGCGUAUGAAGUCAAAAGUGAUGGAGGAUCAAGAUUCUUAUGA